AUGCUGCAAGUAAGCUCCGUAAUGCUCUAUGGCAUACCAAUAGUAUCUCUGUACAUUGAGGGCCAAGAGCGCCUGUGUUUGGCCCAGAUUUCGAACACACUUUUGAAGCAGUUCAGUUAUAAUGAGAUCCACAAUCGUCGCGUUGCACUGGGUAUAACGUGCGUUCAAUGCACGCCCGUGCAGCUGGAGAUACUACGCAGAGCAGGCGCGAUGCCAGUUAGUUCGAGACGAUGCGGCAUGAUAACGCGGCGAGAGGCGGAAAGGCUUUGUAAGAGUUUUCUGGGUGAUAAUACACCGCCUCGGCUACCCGAUGAUUUUGCAUUCAGCGUACAGCACAAAUGUGCUUGGGGCUGUCGUGGAUCGUUUCUGCCCGCACGCUAUAAUUCAUCGCGUGCCAAAUGCAUUAAGUGCAGCUAUUGUGGCAUGUUUUUCUCGCCAAAUAAAUUCAUAUUCCAUUCACAUCGCAUUACCACCAACGAUCGCUAUAUACAGCCAGAUGCAGCAAACUUUAAUUCGUGGCGGCGUCAUAUGACAUUGAGUGGCCAUAGUCAUGAUGAGAAGAUAAUACAUGCAUGGGAAGAUGUUAAGGCAAUGUUUAAUGGUGGCACAAGGAAGCGACUUGUAAGUUGCAAUAACAACAACAGUCGGAGUAAUAGCAGCAACAGUAGCAGUUGCAAUCGUAAUCAAAAUUCACCAGCCGUAGAUCAAACACCAAUAAACAAUUCAUCGUCAAUCAGCUGUGAGACAAAAACAACUCUUGAAGAAACGUUGUGUACGACGACAACGACGACGACGAAGCGAGCUAUGAAUCAGCAGUACAACUAUAGCACAGUAGCAGCUGCAGCUGCAGCAGCAGUUGUUGGUGUUGGUGUAACAGCAGUUGCGGGCUUCAAUUUACAUCGAUCAACCGUACUAUCGCCACUGCAAUCGCUACGCAACGAGCACGAUUUAUCGAUAGUGCCACUAUCGCGAAACUUUGUUGUCGAUUAUACGAUGUGGCAGCAGCAGCAACAGCAGCAGCAGCAAAAUCAAACAACAAAAAAAUUGAGUAAUAGCGAUGCAAUGAAUGAAACUUGUCCAUGGAUAAGAACCGAUUUAAGUAAUAUGCAGCAGCCAUUGAAUGUGAUUAAAAAUGAACCACGCACAUCGAUCAACUAUCGCAAGAUUCACGAUGAGCAUACCGAUUUCAAUAUACCAUCGAUAUUGAGUUGUUCGGCCUUUAAGCCGGUUGUCGCUUCGGCUGCUAUUAUGUCAACUUCACUGUAUGCAACGCGUUCGAAUGACUCAAUUAGUAAUGUUUACAUAAGUCCAACACAGACGACGACUGUUUUCACACACAACAGCAUUACGGCUGAAAGUUUGCCAACGGGUUCAAUAAUUAAUUCAACAGCUGCUCAAAUCGAGCAGCCAAACGAACUUAAUGGAAAUAAUCAGAUGAGAAGCAUAGAAUCUUUAUAUACUAGAAAUGCAGAUAAAGAUGACGAUAAUGAGGAUGAUAAUGAUGAUCUUAAUAACGUAGAUAACGAUCAUGUUGCCGAUGAUGAUGAUGAAGUUGUCGAUAUUGAGACAACUGAAGAUGAUGCUUUCAUAGUAAAUGAAUCAAUCAACAUUUGCCCAGAUGAUAUCAACUCGCUCAGUACAACUCAUUCCCAAACCCAUUCUAUUUCACAUUCCCAAUCCGUUAGCCCCAAUGAUGAUGUCGACGUCGAUGGUAUUACAACAGAUGUUGAAGACGAAAUUGAUUUCAAAUCAAAUAGUUGCUCAAAGUUUAAUCUUCACAAUCAUGAAAUAUAUAAACUAACAUCUAUGGCCAGAAAUGCUGAUGUGAAAAAAAAUAUUGAGGAUGCAAGUGGAUUAAAUGGAUUGAAGAGACUGUCUCGGCGCAAGUACUUAAUGAGUCAACAAAGCCAACGUCAAUUAUUGAAAAAGAAUGCAUUGAAGAUCGAUAGCGAUAAGAUAUUUUGUGGGCAAGCUAGUCUACAUAAUAUACCGCAGCGGGUUACGUUUCCAGUAUUUUUUAGAUCACAUUUGAAUUCAUUUCGAAAUCGCCAACACCAACACCAACACGAAAGACCAUCGAGCCCCAUAAAUACCCCUAGACAUUUAUAUUCCAGUGAUUCUACAGCGAGAAUAAUUGAAAAUGGCAUCGAAUGAAAUGAUUAUUAC